AUGGAGGAAGCAAAUGCGGUGGUUGUGAUAGAUGAAGAGAGUCUCCAGAUUUCCCAACACGUUUGUAGCAGAGUCCAACCUCUCCUUUGUACACCAAGCUUUGAAGACUGUAAGAGAGGAUAUGAUGAGAAGAAGAAAAAACCUGCUACCACCUUGAGUGAAAGGUUUUAUAUUUUCAUGAAAAUCUUGAGUAAAAAGUUGGGAUUGAAAGAGUUCACUUCCUUAAAGACGUGGCAAGCAUCGUUUGCAGAGUUUCUGGGCAUGACCGCUUUGAUUUUUGCAAUGGACACGAUCGUCGUUGGAACCUUAGAGACCGAAAAAGAAUCACCAAUCCUCGUAAUGUCCUUCCUCAUGGCCGUCACCCUCUCAAUUAUGCUCCUCGCCGUCUUCCCAGUCUCUGGUGGUCACCUCAACCCUGUAAUCUCCUUCACUGCUGGACUUCUGGGCCUCAUCUCAAUGUCUCGAGCUUUCCUUUACAUUGUAGCCCAAAGCAUUGGUGCCGUGCUCGGCGCCCUAGCAUUCAAGGCCGUCAUCAGCAGGGAAAUCGAUGAUAACUUCGCGCUUGGAGGUUGCACCCUCAGUGUCGUCACACAGGGCCCAAGUGGGCCCAUUACUGUAGGAAUCGGAACGGAUCAAGCGCUUUGUCUUGAGGUCCUAGGGACGUUCGUGGUCAUUUUCGCCGCCUGCGGUAUAGGAUUCAAUCGUAGUGGAAUAUUGGGUCCUAAGCCAGUCUUUAUGUUUUCAAUCAUCGGAACCAUGGUGGGGUUGAUGACUUAUGUGACAUCGACGGUGACGACAGUUCAAGGGUAUGCUGGUGCAGGAAUGAACCCUGCACGGUGUAUUGGACCAGCAAUUGUUAGAGGUGGGCUACUGUGGGACAGGCACUGGAUCUUCUGGGUUGGCCCAGCUAUAGCUGCUUUAGGGUUUUAUGUUUACACCAAGGUCAUACCAACUGAGAAUUUUUUCCCACAAGACUCUCUUCCUUCAUGCACCACCAAAGCGUGA